AUUACUACCGGAUAUCUCAGUAAAAUGCUUGAACUGUAAUAUAAUGCAGUCUUUUAUUUUAAACGCAGUUGCAUUCCAAAUUGUGAAUUACUGUAAGAAUCUCAUUUUAAACCGUUAGCAUGUCAGAUAACUUUUAACGUAAGUUCCUGCUGUAACCAUUUCCAGGCGUGCAUUCGGACAAUUGGGUUGCUAAUGCUAAUGGCUCAGUGAGCAGCAUGUUCUAACUAACUCGUUUAGAAACCUGUCACAGGUAAACGGCGAGUGAUGGAGGAAGUGGCAAAGGAAGGCAAGCCGAUGUUCAGCAGCACUGAGACCAGUGGUGGACAAUCCGGAAGUUUGAGUGAGCCAGUAAAAAGCCUGGAUGAUCCUCCUGUGGAUUGGUUUGAGCCCCUGGAAGAGGACUGUGAGGCCGACGACGAUGCACACAGCUGGGAUGUUGAUGGUGUCAGGGAUGCUGAGAUGGAAAGUCUGGCUGGAGAGAGUGAGAGAAGUGGCAGUGUAGCUGGGAGUGAGAGAAACUACAGAGGAAGAGGAGGAGGAGGUGGUGCUGUGGGGUAUGUUCAUGUUGGUUUAAGGAAAAGGAAAAGGAAGUGGCGGUUCGGUUCUGAUGAUGGUUGGCAGGAAUGUCCUGUUCUUGGAGAGGGCUGGAAACGCAAGGUGGUUUUGCGUCGUUCUGGCGUGAGUGUGGGACAGAGAGAUGUUUACUACUUGAGCCCUAAAGGUGACCGAGUAAGAAGUAAAAUUGAGCUGCUCAAAUCCGUUGGGAAUACUGUGGACCUUACCAACUUUGACUUCAAAACAGGAAGUUUUUUUGAUGGUCAACCGCCAAAAAGAGGGAUGAAGAGGAGGAAGAUGGACCACUCUUCCCCAGUUGACUGUGGAUUCUCUUCAGAGUCCAGUUUUCACAAUGAAGUAUCAGAGACUUAUGACAGGACCUACAGUCCAGGCCCACCAUACAGCCUCAGUCACAUUGCUCAGCAGAGGCUAAGUCCGUUAAGUCAAAAGGAUGUUUCCAGUGUUCCCAGUCCUGGCACAUCUAAUGCAACCCCCAACCAGGCAUUUAUAACCCACCCAACAGCUAAACCAACACAGAAUGUUACUUCAAAGGCAGGAUUUCUUUCACAGACAAAAGUACCUGCUAAACUGGUGGAAGGAACUUCCUGUAUUCCGUCUAACUCCUGUCUUGGCAUCUGUGCAAGAUGUAGAAACUCAUUUACGAGUGUAGAGGGACAAACUAUGUGUGAAAAAUGCAGCAAAGCAUGCAAUGCCUCUAAAGACAACCGCAAAAUUACAUUUAGAAAGUGGCUUCCCUGUGGGUUUUGUCGAGCAUGUCAGCUCACAGAGGAUUGUGGGGUUUGUGCCAGCUGCAGGAAUGGGAAGCUGAACCCUCAGAAUCGAAGACCUAUUCGCUGUCGUAGGCGCAAGUGCUUGUGCCCAUCCCUUAAGAAAAGAGCAGAUGAUGUGUUUCCUCUGGCACAGUGUGGUUCAGCAGUCCAACAGUCGAUGACAGAUCUUAAAGAGUCACAGUACAGUGACUCAGAUGAUCAGUCACCAGUUUAUGAAGAAAACGACAGCGAGAGCCUUUUAUAUGAGCACCAGCUCUGUGAGGGGAACAGCCCCCAGAAAGGAUUGUUGAGGAAGUUUCGGCGCUCUUGCGGGCGAUGUAAAGGCUGUGUGGCCAAAGCAGACUGUGGAACCUGUGAUUACUGCAUAGACAAACCCAAAUUUGGUGGAAGCAAUAAAAAAAGACAGAAGUGUCGUCAACGUCAGUGUCAAAGAGAAGCUAAGGGAUGGACUACACCUGGAAGACCAAGACUGCAUUAUACUUAUAGCCAUAACAUCCUGCAACAGAACAGAGAAAAGUGGGACUUUGAGUUCUCUGACAAUGAAUGUGAGAAGGAAAGGGUAUCAAAAGGUUCUGUUGUUGUUGGGUGCUAUUUGGAAAGAGACAAGCAUCGCAUCUCAGAUUACAAUGGACAGGUUACGGCGGGUUCAUGGUCCAGUGCAAGCUGUGGAGUGGAUUAUGGAUCGGAUGCAGAAACUGAGACGAGCCAGUCACAUUCUGAGGAUCAUCUUUUGCAUCUGUUCUAUGAUGAGUGGACUAAAGUGAAUGACAGAAAACGGAGACACUCCCUAGCUACGUCAAAUCAUACAGAGGAGAUGGAUGAGGAUGAAGUGGAGCCAACAAUCACACAGAUCUUUAGCUUGGGAGGUGAUGAUGUUGUUGAUGACGGCCUGGACCUGGAGCUCCUGGAGCUCUUAGCAUCCCUGCGUGACGCUCCACUGCCUGUUUUAUGGUGUGCCGUGCUGGCUGAGGGCCCACUCCUGCAGCUCCUUCAGUGCUCCAAGCUCUCAGCCAUGGCAGACACAAUGGUGCAGAUUGAACCAAGCUUUCGUUACCAUAUCAGUGUUCAGGGACAGCCUCUGCUUCCUACACACUGGCUGUAUCAUGCUCACCCAGCCCAACUCACCUCAGUAACGCAGGUUGUUACCCUGUUAGAAGAUCUUGAGCGUUACCAUGUGUGUCAAGGCUUUAAAAGUGAGUCUCCGUCUGGCUCUGAGCCUGUUGUCCAGGUCCGGGCAGCCACCUGUGAGUUCCUUGUUGUGCCAGAGACCCAAUGUUGCGCCAGGUGUAAGAAUGCACAACAAAAACACUGAACAUACAGUACAUUGGUUGUUUACUACAGGAAACAUCCCCUUGUUUCUACUAAUUUAAAUUGGUCUCUAAGUAGCAUCAGGACCUAAACUAGGACCAAUGGAUGUUUCGAAAUCCUGAAAGCUGAAAGAAUUGCUUUAUAAGAAAUUAAAAGAAAAAAAAGGUUACCCAGUGAUAAUGAAUAAUGCUACUACAACUGUGCUGCACAGACUACAUGCAGUGUGUGGUUCUUACCACGAUCAUUCCAUUAAAAAAAAUACUGUAUUGAUUACUCAUAACAUUUUCAAAUGAGGUACAUAUGCUUUGAUUUGUUGUAAUUAGGACAAUAUACUUGUUCUGUCUAAUAUUACAGAGGAUGUGCAUGGUUUGUUUGGUACGAUUUCCCACAGUGUAUAUUAGAUCAUCCAAAGCGACCAGGCAAAUAAAUUUAUUUCUGUUUGGUUAAUGUUGUGUGCAUUUGGGCUCAAACAAUUAUUAGAUUUCUUUUAUUUUUUCCCCCGCGUCCAUGGAAAACUUUUAUUUUAAAAAAUAGGCAAUGUUAAAUGCGUUCAAAUUGCUGUUAGGAAUGUACGUUAUCAUUUUCUUUUUUUUUUUAUUUUUACCAUGAACAUGCUGUAUCUUGCCUAAUAUUGUGCAGGGCAGUAAUAAUAAUAAUAAUAAAGGGCAGUGGUGGCUCAGUCAGUUAAGGCUGUGGGUUACUGGGUUACUGAUCAUAAGGUCAGAGGUUCGAGCCCCAGCAUUGCCAAGUUGCCACUGUUGAGUCCUUGAGCAAGGCCCUUAACCCUCUUUGCUCCAGGGGUCCUGUAAGCUGGCGGACCCUGCGCUCUGACCCCAGUUUUCUAAUUGGGAUAUGCGAAAAAUUAUUUCACUGUGCUAUAAAGUACAUGUGACGAAUAAUUGAAUAUUCUGUUCUGUUCUAAUGUGUGCUACUGUUUUUUGUCAAUUAAAAUAAGUUUUCUGCUUUUUACUCAGCAAAGAUAUGUUGUAACAUUGGUUUUACAAAUGACACUACUGUACACUAAGGUCACAUUUUUACCUUUACAUAAGAGCACCUUACUAGGUGCUAAUUAUAACUUGUCCUCCAUUAAAAAUUAUUUUUAUUA